GUCAGAAAUCAGUUAAUGGUGAAUUAUGUGCACGUGUUAUAUUAAAGUGUUAAUUUUUAUUUAAAUGUAUAUAUAUAUAUGUGUAUAUAUAUAUACACAUAUAUUACAUCUUUGUGUAUCUUCUUUCUGCAUUUCUUGAUUAAGAACACAAGAUGCCUGGUACUUUGACCUACCCAAUGUAUGCUGGUGUUGAAUCACCUCCUCAAAGAACUCGUGCUUAUACUUGGAAUUCUCAGCAUCGUUCUGCAUCUCGGGCAUUGCAAGCUAACAGAAGACCAGGACGCUUUUCAUUGACAGAACCUGCAAGAGAUGAAGCUACCCGAAAGCUGAGAUUAAAAGUGAUCGCUGGUCACCAAUUAGCAAAAAAGGACAUCUUUGGUGCAAGCGAUCCUUAUGUGCGUAUUGAUUUAAAUACUCUAAAUGGAGAUCAGACAAUAGAUUCUGCACUUACGAAAACUAAAAAAAAGACAUUGAAUCCUGUCUGGGAAGAAGAAUUUAUAUUUAGAGUAAAACCUGUCGAUCAUAAAUUGGUGUUACAAGUUUUUGAUGAGAAUAGAUUGACAAGGGAUGAUUUUCUUGGUAUGGUAGAAUUAACAUUGAUUAAUCUACCUAAAGAACAAGAAGGUCGUACAAUUCCUGUUAGGCGUUAUUUACUUCGACCACGUAGUAAUCAUUCCAGUCAGCGUUCAAGAGUAAAAGGCACCUUGGAAGUGUAUCAUGCAUACAUUUCUGACUCAUCAACUGUAGACAAUGAUAAUGGAGAUACUGCAUCAGACUCAGGAGGCUGGGAAAUGGUACAACCAGUAAAUAAUAGUCCUGUGGAACAAGCUGCAGAGGUCAUGAUUAUCAGACCUUUACCACCAGGAUGGGAAGAGAGACAAGAUGCAAAUGGGCGAACAUAUUAUGUCAAUCAUGUAGCAAGAUUUACACAAUGGGAACAUCCAUCAGAAUCUACUACAUCACCUAGUGGAAAUAUGACUAUUGAGCGAAAUUUCAAUACUGCAGUAACUGAAUUUCAACGUCGUUUUCACAUUAGUGCCGAUGAAGAAAAUAGACACAGAAGUUCAAUUAAUCAGGAUGAUGAAGUUCUCCGUGAGGAUGGCGAAGAUUCGGAUGCGAGAAAUUAUGAGAUUGAGAAUCAUAGGGGAGGGGGUAGUGGGGAUACUUCGUCAGACUCUGGACAUUCUGUUGAUCAACGCGGCUACCUUAGUGAAUAUGAAGACCAGAGUGAUGAUAGUGUGGAUAGUCCAGCUGGAUCUAGACGAUCAUCUGAACAAAUCGAAAGUCCGAAACCUGUAGUUCCUGCGCCAAGUGACGAAGGAUUACCACCUGGGUGGGGUAUGCAAAUAGCUCCGAAUGGUAGAGUAUUUUUUAUUGAUCACACUGCGAGGACAACAACAUGGAUCGAUCCUCGAACAGGGCGACCAAGUUCAAUACCUAAUCACAUUGCUCCUUCUACUACACCAAGAAGUGAUUUAGAUCAGCUUGGUCCUCUUCCUGAAGGUUGGGAAGAAAGAGUUCAUACGGAUGGCCGAAUAUUUUUCAUUGAUCAUAAUACAAGAACAACACAAUGGGAAGAUCCUCGCAUGUCCAAUCCUCAAAUUGCUGGACCGGCUGUACCAUAUUCACGAGAUUAUAAACGUAAAUACGAAUAUCUUAAAUCUCAGUUAAGAAAGCCUAGUAAUGUUCCUAAUAAAUUUGAAAUAAAAGUUGGUCGAAAUAAUAUCCUAGAAGAUUCGUAUCGUAUAAUUAGUUCUGUCAACAGAGUAGAAAUAUUGAAAACAAAAUUAUGGGUUGAAUUUGAAGGAGAAGUUGGUUUAGAUUAUGGAGGUCUCGCUCGAGAAUGGUUUUUCCUAUUGUCUAAAGAAAUGUUUAAUCCUUACUAUGGAUUAUUUGAAUAUUCUGCUACGGAUAAUUAUACCUUGCAAAUUAAUCCAUUUUCGGGGGUAUGUAAUGAAGAACAUUUAAAUUAUUUCAAAUUUAUUGGUCGCAUAGCAGGUAUGGCUGUGUAUCAUGGUAAACUGUUGGAUGCAUUUUUCAUUCGUCCAUUUUAUAAAAUGAUGUUAGGUAAAUCUAUUGAUUUGAAAGAUAUGGAAAGCGUUGAUUCAGAAUAUUACAAUUCAUUAUUGUGGAUUAAAGAAAAUGACCCCAGUGAAUUGGAACUUACGUUUUGUGUUGAUGAAGAAAGUUUUGGACAUACGUCUCAAAGAGAACUUAAACCAGAUGGUGCUAAUAUACCAUUAACAGACGAAAAUAAAGAUGAAUAUAUAGCUUUAGUUAUACAGUGGCGUUUUGUAUCAAGGGUUCAAGAACAAAUGAAUGCAUUUUUAGAGGGAUUUAAUGCUCUUAUACCACCAACACUGGUAAAAAUAUUUGAUGAAAAUGAAUUAGAAUUAUUAAUGUGUGGUAUUCAACAUAUUGACGUGAGAGAUUGGAAACAAAACACAUUGUACAAAGGAGAUUAUCACGCUAAUCACAUCGUUGUUCAGUGGUUUUGGCGUGUGGUACUUUCAUUUAGCAAUGAAAUGAGAUCCAGACUUUUACAGUUUGUUACUGGUACAUCGCGAGUACCUAUGAAUGGUUUUAAAGAACUUUAUGGUAGCAAUGGUCCACAAUUAUUUACAAUUGAGAAGUGGGGUACACCAGAAAAUUAUCCAAGAGCUCAUACCUGUUUUAAUCGUAUAGAUCUCCCUCCAUACGAAAGUUAUCAACAAUUGAGAGAGAAAUUGAUAAAAGCAAUUGAAGGUUCGCAAGGUUUUGCUGGAGUGGAUUAGCACGAAAUACCCCUUUUCAUGAUGAUAUCUGUAAUAUAAUGUACAUAUAUACAUACAUAUAGAUACACAACCAUGUAUACUGUCUAAUAUGAUUAACUAUUUAACAGGAUAAACAUUUUUCUGCACUCUGAAGACUUAGGUGUCUUUUGACUGCUAGUUACAACAUUAAGACAAAUCAAUGAAAAGUACGUUUAGAUAUUACUUAACCUCUACGAAUAAUUCGAAAAAAUUUUACGCAUGAUGCACAUUAGAAAUUAUAGGCUAUAUUUAACAAACAGGAGGAAAAAAGUUGAUAGUAAUCUCAAAUGCUGUUUCAGCAAUUGAUGAAUUACAAUUUAUUAACUCAUUCACGUUCUAAAUGUAAUUCCAUAUUUUGAUGGUUACUAUACUUUAAAAGAGUUCUUUGGGAAAAUUUUAUUUGCUGCUAUAAAAACAUUAAUCUGGUAUUAAUUGUAAAUAACUUAAGAUAAGAGAUAAUAAUCUAUAUAUUAAUUACUUAUCUCAAUUUGUUGAUAAAAUGCCUUGUUAAAGGAAUUUAUAAAUAAUAUGAGUUUACAUAUUUAAAAAGUCAAAUUAUACUAAAAUAUAUAAUGGACGAAAAAAGAAGUUUUAAAUUUUGUCACGUAGGAUUUAGUACGAUUUUCAAAUAUAUCGAAUUUCAGUUACAUUCAAGUUAAAUGAACAUCUGUCAAAUUAUAUUGUAUACAAUGACGCUAUAAUUUACGAUGAAUUGUUGUGUAAUAUUGAUUUGAAUUUUAAUAUUAUACAUAUAUACGUAUUUCUUUGGUCUAAUUUUAUAACACAAUUUAUUAAAACGAGAUCCCUUUCAAUGACGAUUUCUAAUUUUUCCAUGAAAUUAAACACUAUUUUUUAAAUCAAUAAUUUGUUUGAAAUUGUAAAUGUAAUAAUUUUACAUUUUGUUUUUAUAUAAAGAAAUUAAAUCUUUAAAGACUCACGUAUUACGCACGUUUAGAUUUUCUAUCGUAGUAACAAAGGCUAGAAAAUUUUGUUUCUUGAAAACAUAUGCAUAGUCGCAAAAAUGUGUAAACAGAAAGUUUUGGAAAAUCAAUUAUACUAUUAGAAGAUGUAGCAAGAAGAAUAACAGACAGUGUGAAAUACGUAAUUUGUUUCAUUUUCGAUCGAUUUAUGAAUUUAUGGUAAAAGACAUCAUUUAAUUUAUCAUAGAUAUAAUUAAAAAUAAGUUAUUUUUUUGGAACAGACGUAUCUGUUACAUAGUUUAUUCGUAUAACAAAUCGAAAAUUUUUCGUAUUGGACAGCGUUCUUCUUGUGUGUUCUUCUAAGAACUGACGAUGGAAAGCAUAUUAUACUUAGCUCAUUGUAUAUAGCAUUAAAUAAGAUAAAAGAAUAUAUACAUCAAAUUGCUUAAACAGCGAAAUUUAUUUAUAUAUUUUAGCAAUUUACGAAAAAGUGGACAUAGUCUAUUCUUUCGUUAAAAAUGGUAUACUACCUAUGAAAUUGAUUAUUCGAAGAUAUCGUGAUCAAAUUUGUAAAUGCCUACUUUGUACAAUAAUAGCUAUUUCAAAAAAGUAACAAGUAUUCUAAACAAAUAACUAGCAUUUAAAGCUAACGAAACAUUCCAUCCUAUUUGUACAGCUUAUUUUAUUGUAAACAGAUACGUCCCAUUAGAUAAUAAAUAUUAUUAUUACGACAAAAAUUUUGUGGCCUUAAAUUAUGAUUAUUUUCGAUUUUCUAUACGCUGCAUGUUUUUUAAUGACGAAAAUUCGGCUUCUUGCAUUUACACGAUGAACGUAUUAUAUUCAGAAUGGAACAAUGCAUUUCAAUGUAUUAUAUUUUUUAAAAAGCCAAUGUUACUUGGAAAUCGUAGUAUUUUUUCUAACACUAAGUUAUAAUUUAAUCGGGUUAGAAGCUAAGACUGUUAGUUGCCCACGUUUCAAGAUAUUUACUUAAUUGUUCUUUUAUUAUCAUUAUUGUUAUUAUUAUUAUUAUCUACCUUAGAAUUCGCAUAUAUUAGUGAAUAAUAGAAUAUAGAACAUGCAAGGUUUAUUUAUUAUUUUUACUAAAAUGUUAUAUAAGAUAAUUUGUUGCAAGCUCACAAAUACAGCGACUUAAUUUUUUCAUAACGUCAUACUACAGAAAUGAUUUAUCAGCUUAUCCACAUGUAUCUG